AUGGAUUACAAGAAAUGGAACGCGCAACAGGUAGCAUCAGUAUUUACAUCUGAUGAAUCUUUGGGUGGUGCUGGUUUGUCGGUUGAAAAGGUGAAGCCUUUGUAUGUUGCUGAUUUUAAAGGCUCAUCUCUCCACAACAUUGUUGAGGAUAUCAUGAAGAAGGAUGAAUAUUAUGCUCUUGAUCAACUUAAAAGUACUUAUAACAAGAAUAGCAUUCCUCAACUCUCCGACACUUGUCAAACUGUUGUAUUUUGGGUGCUCGAUCAAUUAAUGACCAGACAAUAUUCACUAUGGCAAUUGGAGCCAGUGAUUAAGCAAAUCAAGCAAAAAUUGGGCGAACCAAUUGCAAAAGGAGGUGCUGAUUUGAGUCUUGAUCAAGUUUCAUUAUUAGAUGGCAAAACUCUCUAUAGCAUUGCAAAAGAUGUAGUCUCUUCCAAGGAAACCUCCUUCAUUAGAAAUCUUGACUUGAAUUUGGGCACAACAGUUGUCCAAUGGGUCAAACAAUUUCUACUACAAAACAAUAACAUUCAAAUUCAUUUACAGAAUAUGGACAUGUGGGUGCCACCCUUUCAUUAUUUCUCAAGCAGUGAAAGAGAAGUGUUGUUUAAAGCAGAUGAGAUUCUUAAAGGUAAAAUUGAUUUCUAUGCAAAACAGACGAACAUGCCGGAUACACACAAACGAUGGUACUUGUCGUUCUGUGAUUUAGUAAUGAAGGGCCAAGCUCAAGGUAAUAGAACUCCCUCCGAGAAAGAGAAUUACACUCUCGAUUUAAUAGCACUCGUUUCAAAUGCAAGAGAUAUUGUAUUCAGCAACGUAAAUACAGAAAGCAUAUUGAACAAAUCAAAGUUUGAGAUAGUCAUGAAAAACAUGGUGAAUGAUCUUUUGGAGGGCUCUCGUGAAGACGCGUUGUUUAUGAGGAAAUUGCUUACUCCCUUUAACGAACACUGCUCUUCCCAAUUUGUAAGAGAUGUUCUUGUUCCAAUUAACUCCGAGAAGAAGAUAACAAAAGAUUUGUUUCCCUUCAUCCCAAAAUUACAAGUAGAUCUGUUCAAUGAAGAUGAAAGAAAGACGUUGGACCAAAAAAUUCGUGAUGGCUCAACAAUUUGCAUAAUUGGACCCUCAGGUGUGGGUAAAACAUUGUUAGAACGUCAAUGGCUUUCUGUACCUACUGAAAUAUUAAGAGAUUUCACAAUAUUUUUGAUCGAACAAUUAUAUUCACGGUUGAAGCUGGAUCUUGGACAACCAUUUAUUAUUGCUCUUGACGAGGCAAAUCUUUUCUCCAACAUCCAUACUCCGAUGUUAUCUAUAAAUGGUACACCCAGUGAUUUAUUGUCACUGAUUGCAUUCGAAAUUUCUCGGCUUAGACAACAGUCUUUUAAGAAAAUUAGUGAUAUUUAUUGUGGAACCAUGUUUACCACUGACAUUAUUGAUAUCAUUCAAUCCUCUAUUGGAAAAUUAGAGGACAUAGCUCGUGUUUACUCUUGCGUUGGUUUAGACUCCAUCACUUUUGAGCAAGCAUUACAAAUAUUAGACAAAAUGUAUGAUAUUGAAGGAAUUUUAAAAUUAUCCAAUACCUCCAAAACUGACCUUUAUCGCUCUAUUCAACACAUCUUUCCAACAAGAAGAAGAGUAGUUGGACUUGUUGCCUCUCAUUCAGAAAUAACAACAUCUCUCAAAAAAAGUUUCACUGACAAAUGGGAAGAGUUUGUGGGUCAGGUGGAAAAAAAUGUGUUGAAUAGGUUUAGUCAAAAAACGUCAAAAGACCGUCUUGAUGCUAAUUUUUUGUUGGACGUUGUGAUAACAAAUGAAUACGAUGCCUUUUUAGGGAAAUCAAUUAGUUGCGAUAGAGAAUUAGCUUCUUCAUUAAUAGGAACUGGUUUAGCAAAACCAAAUUUUGACUUUUGUAAUACUUCCAACAGCAAUAAGUAUCAUUUUGAUACCUCAGAUCCAAUUCUUAGGCAUGUUGCACGAAAAGUUUUAGAACAGAAAUAUCCAAACUCAAUUUCAAAAGUCAAUAAUUCAAUCUCAGUAUUGAAUUCUCUAUUAACUCUUCCUCAACAUGAUCCUAAGAAAUGGGAAAUGGUAUUUUCUCUUUUAUUACAGCACCAUAGUGGAAAGCUUAUUAAGGACAACUUGAUUCUUUCACCAUUAAUAUUAGGUGAAAAUUUUGACACAACAGAGAGAAAGAAAAGACCAUAUUCUCAAUUACUUGACCACAAAUUUGUGAUCAAGUCAUUUAUUCGAUCUAACGAUUUUUAUCGCAAAUAUUACGCAUCAAAAUGGGCUCAAGAAGUCCUCAAAAAAGAGAACUCGAGUAACAACAAUAUUUUGGGAGAUGUGUUAUAUUUUCAUUGUUUGUUAAACUAUAACAAACAUAUGGAAGAGUAUGAGAGCUCUACUAAUAAUAUCAGUACAUUUGCAGACAUAAUUAAUGGAUUAUAUUUUAAUCCCUCGGAAUAUUGUCAUGCUGAUGGUAUUUGUUUGAACUUUUCGGAGCAACCUUAUGGUAUUAUUGUGAGCAACAAAUUACAUAAUUGCCAGAGAGACAAAUUUUUAGAACAUGUUAAAAAAGGAGUCAAAUCUGUGAACGCGAAUAACUUUUACAAAGAAAAAUUUGGUACCAACCUUAUUGCAGGCAGUAGCUGGUGGACAACUGAGAAACAGGAGUUUAUAACCACAUUAACAAACAAUGAGAGACUAAUGCCCCUCAUAGCGCACAUACACGUAAAAUAUGAACAAAUCACAACAAAGAAAGGUGUCGGUUUUACUAAAGAUUACACUGAAAAAGGAAAAUAUUUAAUUAUGAACCCAGAUUCAAAUAGUUUAAGGUCACUCUGUCCUGAUUUGUUUCAACUUUUACAGAAGAAUCUAUUUGAGACUGCAAUUAUUGAAACUUGA